AUGAACGGCGAUACGUACACGUCCAGAGAUUCUGGUCGCCCUAGAGACUACUACGUGAGUGAAAUUCGACCAAGGCGCGAAGAGCGUCGCGAGCGCGGCGGCGACAGAGCAGAGAGAGGAGAGAGAAGACGGUCGAGGUCCCCCCACUACAGUUCCAGAAGCUCCCGACGCGAAUAUGAGGUAGAUUCGUAUUCGUCCAGCCGCGACUACCGCGCCAGAGAACGCGAGGACCGUUAUUCUAGCCGCAGAGAUGACCGGGAAUGGGAUCGGGAUCGCGGCGACCGCGGUGAUCGCGGUGAUCGCCGGCGCAGAGAGUACGAAGAUAGACCUUCCCGCCGCGAAAGGGGAGACAGAGAUCUGUUCGAGGAUAGACCCCGACGGGAAGGCAGGGGUGACCGCGAGCGUGAGCGUGGGGAGCGUGGAGAGCGUGGAGGGCGUGGAGAUCGCGAACGCGGCGAGCGAGGGGAGCGGAGACGGAGUGCGUCGCCUCCUCGAAAGAGAGAGGCCACACCCGACCUCACAGAUAUCGUGUCGGUAUUGGAUCGGAAACGCCGCUUGACGCAGUGGGAUAUCAAGCCUCCGGGCUAUGAGAAUGUUACUGCUGAGCAGGCGAAGCUGUCAGGCAUGUUCCCUCUCCCUGGAGCCCCCCGACAGCAGCCGAUGGACCCCAGCCGCCUUCAAGCGUUCAUGAACCAGCCCGCAGGUGGCAACGCGGACACGUCUACCCUCAAGCCUUCCAACUCUCGCCAGGCCAAGCGUCUCUUUGUCUACAACAUUCCCGAAAGUGUCACCGGCGAGACCCUUUUGGCCUUCUUCAACGUCCAACUCAACGGUCUCAAUGUUAUCCAGAGUGUGGAUCCUUGUAUCUCGGCCCAGGUGGCCCAAGACCAUACUUUCGCCCUGCUCGAAUUCAAGUCGCCCAAUGACGCUACGGUUGCACUUGCUUUCGACGGAAUAGCGAUGGAAGAACACGAAGCUGCUGGCAACGGUGCCGCUAAUGGUGCCGCUCAGGGCUUGGAAGUUCGGCGACCCAAGGAUUACAUUGUCCCUGGUGGAGCAGAGCAGGAAUACCAGGAAGGCGUGCUGCUGAACGAGGUGCCUGACUCUCCCAACAAGAUCUGCGUGUCCAACAUUCCCCACUACAUCCCCGAAGAGCCGGUAACAAUGCUUCUGAAGUCGUUCGGAGAACUUAAGUCGUUUGUUUUGGUGAAGGACAGUUCUACGGAGGAGUCUAGGGGCAUUGCGUUCUGCGAGUAUGCCGAUCCUUCGGCAACAACCAUCGCGGUGGAAGGCCUCAAUGGAAUGGAGCUGGGUGACAGGCACCUCAAGGUUGUGCGCGCCAGUAUCGGAAUGACCCAGGCUGCAGGCCUUGACAUGGGCGUCAAUGCGAUGUCGAUGUUCGCCAAGACGACAUCCCAGGACCUGGAGACCAGCCGCGUCCUGCAGUUGCUCAACAUGGUGACACCGGAGGAGUUGAUGGACCCUGAAGAUUAUGACGAAAUCUGCGAUGACGUACGCGACGAAUGCUCCAAGUACGGCACUGUAGUUGAGCUGAAGGUACCCCGUCCGACAGGCGGCAGCCGACAGUCGCCGGGUGUGGGCAAGAUUUUCGUCAAGUUUGACACGGUCGAAUCGACAACGAAUGCUUUGAAGGCGCUUGCGGGCAGGAAGUUCUCGGACCGGACUGUGGUUACAACCUACUUUUCCGAGGUGAGAUCCUCCAUCCUGAUUCAGAAAUCUGGCUUAGACUUGCUAACUUGUGCAGGAAAACUUCGACGUCAACGCAUGGUAAUGUAG